CUAUCUGAAAAUUCCAGUUCCCAUGUUGCUGGGAUUUUAGAUACCCUCAGGAGCUGCAAAAAUUCCCUUUCCUCCCCCAGUUUCCCUUAUUACCCUUACUACCCACCAAGCGUAGGCCAUAUUUGUGUUCUCGUUUUUUUCGCAUCAUAUUCGAAAGUGAUUUGUGUACCUUAUUAAAAAAUAUCGUUAUAAAAAAAAUAUAUAUAAAAUUAUUUCGGUCGGUUGAAAAAAAAAUAUUAUCGUUAUAAAAGAACUGAAAGGUGACCUUUUGAACUCAUCCUUCGGCUGAUUUCAAUGACAUCAUCACAAGCGGCUUAUAUAAUCGGAUAUGGAUUACGUGCCACACUAGAGACAUGAUAAGGACGAGCAUAUAAAAAUGACCCAGAGCACUGAUGCGGCGCUGGCAGAGAGCAACAGCAACAAAAACAACAACCACAAUCAACACAGCAGCCUCAUAGAACACCGCAGCGUAAACGGCAACAAGGACUACAGCGAAGAUAACAACAACAACCACAACUAAAGCCAUACGCCCACAAUCAUACAUGAACUCUUACAGUGGCAGUGGAUUUUGUUAAGUCCUUCAAAAAACCUGGAAAAGCGGCCCAAGUACAAACAAUUAAAACGAAUUAUGGUGCAAAUCAUGUCCUCAGCACUGUUGCAGUAAAAGUCAAAGUCACAAACAGGGAUUAGUAAGACAAAAACGUGAAUGCCAAAGUAAAACAACCACCAAAUUCUUGUUAAGCUAUUUUGCGCAAGAAGUCAAUUGCAUUUCCAUUCGAUUCCUUUAAUUAAUAAUUCAUUUGUUGCAAUAAAAACCAAAUCCUUAUCCCACAUCCUAGUCUAACUUUCACGCAGAAAAACCAAACGUGUGAACAAAACGUAAAGUGAUACUCCUUCUAAGGCGUGUGAACGCCAGCGAAUGUGUAUAGAAGUGCGAGCCUAUGAGAAAGGAAACGCAUUGUGAAACCUUAGACCACCCACGGCGAAUCCUUGGGGAAUAAAACUUAUCGGUGUAAUAACAACAACGGCAUCGUCAUCACCCACCACAACACCAAAACGAACGAUCCCAGUGCUAAAAGUGAAAAAAUCAAAGCUAAGCAAAUCCUCAAAAGUUUAAAAUCAUCUUUGUGCUACCAUGAAGGGUUUGACGGCGUUUAAAGAGAAAGCCACAGGAGUCUUUGGUGGCAUCAAACCCACUUUUGAAAAUUUCGAAGUCUCCAAAGGCUACCAUGGCGGUCUGGGUGGCUACGAGGAAAUGGCUGGUGGUGAAAGAGAAGGCGAAGGACCCGGCGGCGGUGUGGCAUAUGAUGAUGAUCGACCCGAUUCACCAGCAUCGUUUGAAGAAAUUGAAAGACCACCUCUGAGGAAAAUCGACAAAUACUGUAAGGCAGAAUGUCCCUGUAUGUCGGCGCGUUAUACCAUAGCCACCAUGGCAUGUAUUGGCUUUAUGAUAGCCUUUGGCAUGAGAUGCAAUAUGUCAGCAGCCAAACUCAAAGGAGAGCACAAUGGUACAGCCUUCAUGAACUGGACAGUGGCCACGGAGAGUCAUGUGGAUUCAUCAUUCUUCUGGGGUUAUUUGGUUACUCAGAUUCCCGGUGGCUUUGUUGCAUCGAAAUUUCCCGCAAAUAAAGUCUUCGGUCUGUCUAUUGCCUGUUCGGCCACAUUGCAUUUGUUUGUGCCAGUUGCGAUGACAAUGAUGCACGGUCAUGUGGUGAUAUGUGUGCGUAUUCUGCAAGGAUUAUUUGAGGGUGUCACCUAUCCUGCUUGUCACGGUAUCUGGCGUUUUUGGGCUCCUCCUAUGGAACGUUCACGUUUGGCUACGCUGGCAUUCAGUGGUUCGUAUGCUGGUGUGGUAGUAGGUCUGCCGUUAUCUGGUCUCCUAGCAGAUGCUGUGGGGUAUCAGGCUCCAUUUUAUGCGUAUGGUAUAUUUGGCAUUGUGUGGUAUAUUUUUUGGCUGUGGCUUUGCUUUGAAAAUCCCCGCAAACAUCCUGCCAUCAGUAUACCCGAAUUGAAGUACAUCGAGAAGUCGCUGGGUGAAACUUCCGCCCAUCCAACAAUGCCGAAUUUAAAAACCACACCCUGGAAACAAAUGGUUCGCUCAAUGCCUCUCUAUGCUAUUAUCGUGGCAAAUUUCUGCCGUUCUUGGAAUUUCUAUCUACUCGUACUCUUCCAGUCCUCCUUUCUGAAACACAAAUUCCAUUUUAGGAUUGAAGAGGCUGGGUUUGUGGGAUCUCUGCCCCAUUUGAUAAUGACCACCAUAGUGCCAUUUGGUGGUAUGCUGGCCGAUCAUUUGCGUAAGAAUGGCAUAAUGUCAACGACAAAUGUGCGAAAGCUAUUCAAUUGUGGAGGUUUCGGCAUGGAGGGUAUAUUUUUCCUGUUUGUGGCCCAUGCCAAGACAGCGACUGGCGCCAUGUUUGCUUUGACUUGUGGUGUGGCCUUCUCUGGAUUUGCUAUAUCCGGCUAUAAUGUCAAUCAUUUGGAUAUUGCCCCGCGUUAUGCCAGUAUUCUGAUGGGUCUUUCGAAUGGAAUUGGCACUUUGGCAGGAAUUAUUGUUCCCUAUGCCUUGGACGGACUAAUAAUGAAAGAUCCCGAAGGUUGUUGGACUACCGUCUUCACCUUAGCCGCCUGUGUUCAUUUAGUUGGCUGCACUUUCUAUGCCAUCUUUGCCUCAGGUGAAUUGCAGCCUUGGGCCGAACCUCCACCCGAAGAAGAGCAAAAGGUCUGGGCUCCACCAAUGGGUGCCAUCACUGAGGAUCCUUCACAGGGAGGAGCUGGAGGAUACAUGAAAGAAACCUCAUUUGGCGAAGCACCACCCACAUAUACCGAAGUUAGUCAAAUGCAACAAACCAGCACCGUUAAUUAUGGGGCGACAGGACACGUGGCCAAUAAUCCUUUCGCCAUGGCUGGAGCAACUAUUGCCGAAGAAAGCCUACCCACAGAUGGUGGCAUGGGUGGCACAUCGGCGGCUUCAUAUGCUGCGACGGGUUAUGAUUACACACAGCCAACCGCACCAGCUGCUAUGGGACAAUUACCGCAAAUGCCAUCAUAUGAACAACAAUAUCCCCAAUAUCAAACACAAUAGAAAUCUUUUUAGAACACCAGAAAUCAUACGCAUACGCACACACAUACACCAACAAACAGGACUCAAAAGGAAACUUAAGCUAAGGUAAGGUAACCCAAUAAGGAACGUUAAAGGAUUGAAACAUGCAACAUACAUAUAUUCGA